CUUUCUCCUCCGGGUGAGGACCUCCUUCGGGAGGCGAGGGCAUCCUUGAAAUGAUCGGGGCAGAGCCAGGGCCCCCCUCGCCCUCCACCAGGCGCUGCUCCGCCACGGGGUUUCACCGCUACGCAGAUGACCUAAUAUAAGGUCGAAAGCUGGUGGUGGUAGUGAUAAGGGAUUUACACGCCAGCGCGCGUGCGCGGAGUCCAUAGAGCCCGGCCGGACUACAUUUCCCAGAGGCGCCUAGCGGGUGCCUCCCGCGCCCGCCCACCGGAGCCAUUUUGAAAUCUGAUGCUGCUGCUGCUGCUGCUGCUGCUGCUGUUCUUGCUGCUCGGGGUUUUGAAUCAGCCCGAGCGCGUCGGCGGCGCUCGGAGGUGGUGGCGUUGGCCCAGGAGCUGAGCCUGCUCAUCCGGGGAGGGGCGUGGAGGACACGGCGGCUGCAAGGGAAAGGACAGCUGUAGCGGGAGGCUUGGCAGCAUCCGGGCGCUGUCUGUCACUCAGCAUCCCCCCAGGCGUUUCAGCGCACCCCCCCCCCCCCAGCGGCUCCCUUUGCCCGAGGGGCGGGGCCGGCCGCCGUGGUACCCAGAGCGGGGCGCGCGGGAGCCCGGGUCGUGGUGGGGGGACUCGAGGGGGGCACCCGCUGCAAACCGUGCCAUGAGAGCCACGGAGGCGGGAGCUGGAGACGCCGUGCUGAGCCCGUGAGCAACCCUGGGAGAGAGGGGGGGAAAAAAAGAAGAAGAAGAAGAAGAAGAAAAGCCCGGGCCCCGGCGGAGGAGCGAAGAUGAAGGAGAUCUGCAGGAUCUGCGCCCGCGAGCUGUGCGGGAACCAGCGGCGCUGGAUCUUCCACACGGCGUCCAAGCUCAACCUGCAGGUGCUCCUUUCGCACGUCUUGGGCAAAGACGUCUCCCGGGAUGGCAAAGGCGAGUUUGCUUGCAGCAAGUGCGCUUUCAUGCUCGAUCGGAUCUAUCGGUUCGACACGGUGAUCGCCCGCAUCGAAGCCCUGUCCAUCGAGCGGUUGCACAAGCUGCUGCUGGAGAAGGAUCGCCUCAAGUUCUGCAUCGCCAACAUGUACCGCAAGAAUAACGAUGAGUCUGGCGCCGAGCCCCGGGCGGCCAGCGGGACGGUGGACAUUUCCGGCCUGCCCGACGUGAGGUACACCGCGCUGCUCCAGGAAGACUUCGCCUAUUCGGGGUUUGAGUGCUGGGUGGAGAACGAGGAUCAUCAGAUCCCAGAGUCGCACAGCUGUCAUGUUUCCGAAGGCCCCGGAAGCCGACCCAGGAGAUGCCGAGGCUGUGCCGCCCUGCGCGUGGCGGAUGCCGAUUACGAAGCCAUUUGCAAGGUGCCUCGCAAGGUGGCCAGGAGUAUUUCCUGCGGCCCCUCCAGCAGGUGGUCCACCAGCAUCUGCACCGAAGAGCCGGCCUUAUCGGAGGUUGGCCCGUCGGACUUAGCGAACGCAAAGGUGGCCCCGGAUGGAGAGAGCAUGGAGGAGGGCACCCCAGGCUCCUCCGUGGAGUCCUUGGAUGCCAGUGCCCAGGCCAGCCCGCCGCAGCAGAAAGACGAGGAAACCGAAAGAGGGGCGAAGGAACUUGUCAAGUGUGACUGCUGCGCGGACGAGCAGGCUCCGCAGCACUGGUGUAACCACAAACUGGACCUGGCUCUCAGCAUGAUUAAAGGUCUUGAUUAUAAGCCCAUCCAGAGUCCCCGAGGGAGCAAGCUUCCUAUUCCAGUGAAAUCCAGCCCACCUGGAGCCAAGCCUGGCCACGUCGUGACAGAUGGAGUGAGUUACGGUUUCCUUAGCAGGUCUUUGAAACCCCUUUACAGGACACCCCUGACGUAUCCCUUGGAGAUUGCAGACCUGCAGGAGCUGUGGGAUGAUCUCUGCGAAGAGUAUUUGCCACUCCGCGCACAGCCCAUGCCCAAGGAAUUACUCAUCCAACAGAGGCUGAAUUCAAGUGACAUGGCUGAAACCCAGCAGUCUGAUUCCCACUUGGCAGAACUCCAAGAGAAAGUCCAGCAAACUGAGGCCACCAACAAGAUGCUUCAAGAGAAACUGAAUGAAAUGAACCAUGAACUCAAGUCUGCUCAGGAGUCAGCUCAGAAGCAAGAUUCUGCAAUUCAAAACCUCAGAGAAACUCUACAAAGCAGAGAAAGUGAGACGGAGGAGUUGUACCAGGUGAUUGAAGGUCAAAAUGAGACCAUGGCAAAGCUUCGAGAAAUGCUGCACCAAAGCCAGCUCGGACAGCUUCACAGCUCCGAGGCCGCUUCCCCAGCCCAACAGCAGGUGGCGCUGCUGGACCUUCAGAGCGCCUUGUUCUGCAGCCAGCUGGAAAUACAAAAGCUGCAAAGGCUGCUGCGGCAGAAAGAGCGCCGCCUGGCGGACGCCAACCGGUGCGUGCGGUUUGCAGAGGCAGCGGCGGGAGAGAAGGAACAGCAGAUGGAGGCCUCGCGGAAGCAUAACCAGGAAUUACAAAAAGCUUUACAACAGCUCCAAGGAGAGCUCCAGAAUAAGAGCCAACAGCUUCAUACCCUAGAGGCUGAAAAGUACAAUGAGAUUCGAACCCAGGAGCAAAACAUCCAACAUCUGAACCAUCGUCUGAGUCACAAAGACCAGCAGCUCCAGGAAUUUCAAGAGCUGCUACAGUACCGCGAUAGCUCGGACAAAUCCCUGGAAGCGCAGGACGUGCUGCUUGCAAAGCUUCGGCAGCGGGUGCAGGACCGAGCCGUGGCUCUGGAGCGGGCUAUAGAUGAAAAGUUCGCUGCGCUGGAAGAAAAAGACCGAGAGCUGCGGCAGCUUCACCUUGCCGUGAGACAGCGCGACCAGGACCUGGAGAGGCUGCGUGGCGUCCUCUCGGCCAACGAGGCCACCAUGCAAAGCAUGGAGAGUCUCCUGAGGGCCAAGGGCCUGGAAGUGGAGCAGUUGACUGCUACCUGCCAAAACCUCCAGUGGCUGAAAGAAGAGCUAGAGAGCAAACUGAGCCACUGGCAGAAGGAACACGAGAGCAUCAUCCAGCAGCUGCAGACGUCUCUGCACGACAGGAACAAGGAAGUGGAGGACCUUAGCGCAACCUUGCUGUGCAAACUCGGCCCGGGGCAGGGUGAGGUAGCCGAGGAGCUGUGCCAGCGUCUCCAGCGGAAGGAGAGGAUGCUGCAGGACCUGCUGAGUGACCGGAACAGGCUGGCUGUGGAGCAUGAGGUGGAGAUCCAGAGCCUGCUUCAGUCCAUGAGCGCCAGGGAGCGGGAGAGCCGGGCUGCUGCAGAGAAGAUGGUACAAGCCCUCAUGGAAAGAAAUUCAGAAUUACAGGCCCUGCGUCAGUAUUUUGGAGGGAAAGACUUGAUGACAUCCCAAGCGUUCGUCUCAAGCCAGCAAGCCGAAGUUACCUCCAUCCGCCCCCAUCUUGGAGAGCAGGCCGAUCAAGGUUCAAUGCAGAUCCCAUCCAGAGACGACUGCACCUCAGUGACUAUGAACGAGGAUGCCAGUGUCCCCAAGUCCACCUCAGGAGACUUGGACACCAUUGCUGGGCUGGAGAAAGAGCUGAGCAAUGCCAAGGAGGAGCUUGAACUCAUGGCGAAGAAGGAGAGAGAGAGUCAAAUGGAGCUGUCCGCUCUGCAGUCCAUGGUGGCCGUGCAAGAAGAAGAGCUGCAGGUGCAGGCUGCGGACCUGGAGUCUCUGACCAGGAACAUCCAGAUUAAAGAAGACCUCAUAAAGGACCUGCAAAUGCAGCUCGUCGACACUGAGGACAUACCGGCUAUGGAGCGGCUCACCCAGGAAGUCUUACUUCUUCGGGAGAAAGUUGCUUCAGUGGAAUCCCAGGGUCAAGGAAAUGCAGGGAACCGCAGGCAACAGUUGCUGCUGAUGUUAGAAGGAUUAGUAGAUGAGCGAGGUCGACUCAAUGAGGCGCUGAGAGCCGAGAGGCAGCUGUACAGCAGUCUGGUGAAGUUCCAUGCCCAUCCAGAGAACUCUGAGAGAGACCGAGCUCUGCAGGUGGAACUGGAGGGGUCCCAGGUGCUGCGCAGCCGGCUGGAAGCCCUCGGAGGAAGCCUGGAGCGCUUGAGCAGGCUGGAGACCCUGGCCGCCACUGGAGGCACGGCUGUGGGCGAGGACACGGAAGAUGCAGGCACCGAGUUCACCGACAGCAUUGAGGAGGAGGCUGCGCCCCACGGCCACCAGCAACUCAUCAAGGUGGCUUUGGAGAAAAGCCUGGUAACCAUGGAUACCCAGAACACAUGCCUUCAGCCCCCCACCCCCGUUGGAGGGGACAGCAACAGGUGUCUUCAGGAGGAAGUGCUCCGCCUGAGGGCUGAGAUCCACCAGCAUCUGGAGGAGAAAAGGAGAGCUGAGGAAGGGCUCAAGGAGCUGAAGACUCAAAUGGAGGAAGCAGGAUUCUCCUCUGUGUCCCACAUCAGGAACACCAUGCUGAGCCUUUGCCUUGAGAACGCAGAGCUGAAAGAGCGGAUGGGAGAAGCGAUGUCUGAUGGAUGGGAGAUGGAGGAAGACAAGGAGAAGGGCGCGGUGGUGGCCGAGACCGCGGUGGCCAGAGGGGCUCUGAAUGCGACCAGCCUGCAGGCUGGGUUCAGGAAAGUCCAGGGAAAGCUAAAGAGCGCCCAUGGCACCAUCAGCCUCCUCAAAGAGCAGCUGGCACUGAGCAGCGAGCAAGGGACGAGUGAGCGGGCUCCAGGGCUCCCGGUGCCUGGGGCCGGGGACGUGGACAGGAUGGACACGGGCGUGGCAUCUUCUCCUGAGAACCUGCGCCAGCCAGAGCAGGAGGGUGCCCUCGCAGAGCCUCGGCUCCGGCCUCAGAGCCUCAGCCUCGGGGUGGCCCUGUCCGUGGAUGCCCACCAGCUAGAUCACAAGCCCCAGGCGCGGGACUCUGGGCCUCGGUCAGAAUUGAACCUGCCAGGGUCCACCAAGCACCUACGCUCCCAGCUGGCCCAGUGCAGACAACGCUAUCAAGACCUCCAGGAGAAGCUCCUGAUCUCAGAGGCCACCGUCUUUGCCCAGGCCAACCAGCUGGAGAAAUACAGGGCCAUAUUCACAGGUGAAUCCCUGGUGAAACAGGACAGCAAACAGAUCCAGGUAGACUUCCAGGACCUGGGUUACGAGACUUGUGGUCGAAGUGAGAAUGAGGCUGAGCGUGAGGAGACCACCAGCCCUGAAUGUGAGGAGCCCCAUGACCUGAGGCCCGCAGGGCUGGCGGAGGGGCCGUACCCUGAGCAAGGGGGCCUGGGUGACGCUGUGAUCAGCGACCUUGUGAAGAAACCAGUGGGGAACAGACUAGGGAAGCAGGAGGAACUGCAGGCAUACGGAAAGUCGGAAGACACCUCUGUCCUGCGCAGGGACAUCAGAGACCUGAAAGCCCAGCUGCAGAAUGCCAACAAGGUCAUCCAGAACCUGCGGAGCCGGGUCCGCUCCCUCUCCACCACCAGCGAUUAUUCGUCGAGCCUGGAGAGACCGCGGAAGCUGAGAGCCGUCGGCCCCCUCGAGGGGUCUUCUCCCCACAGUGCCACUGAUGAGGAUGAGGGGUGGCUGUCUGAUGGCGCCGGGGCUUUCUGUCCUCCGGGGCUUCAGUCCAGAAAGGGUCUGGAGAACCUCAUCCAGAGAGUGUCGCAGCUGGAGGCCCAGCUCCCCAAAACAGGACUCGAGGGGAAGCUGGCUGAGGAGCUGAGGUCCGCUUCGUGGCCUGGAAAAUAUGAUUCCCUGAUUCAGGAUCAGGCCCGAGAGCUCUCUUAUCUGCGGCAAAAAAUCCGAGAAGGCAGAGGUAUUUGUUAUCUCCUCACCCAGCAUGCAAAAGACACAGUGAAAUCUUUUGAGGACCUUUUGAGGAGCAAUGACAUUGACUACUACUUGGGCCAGAGCUUCCGGGAGCAGCUUGCCCAGGGCGGUCAGCUGACCGACAGGCUCACCAGCAGGCUCAGCAUGAAGGAUCAUAAGAGUGAGAAAGAACAAGCUGGGCUAGAGCCACUGACCCUCAGGCUCAGCAGGGAGCUGCAGGAGAAGGAGAAGGUGAUUGAGGUCCUGCAGGCCAAGCUGGACGCCCAGUCGCUCUCGCCCCCCAGCAGCCACGCCUUGUCCGAUUCCCAGCGCUGCACCAGCAGCGCCUCUUUCUUGUCCGACGAGCUGGAAGGCUGCUCUGACGUGGACGUCGCCAGCGAGUACACACACCGUGCGGGCAAGGACCCUUCGCCCGGUCGCUCAGAUUCCAUCCGUCAUCCAAGCCCUCCUGCCGCGUUGUCUUCUAAACCAUCCGCGGCCAGUGCGUCUCAGGUUAAGGCCGACUGGAGCCGCAGCCCCAUCUGCUUGUCAAGUCCCCAGAUCUCCCCCAAGGAGGCCAGGCAGGCCUGCGCAGGCUUUCACUUUAACUCCACACCUAAGCCGACUAGCCUUCCCCAGGCACCACCAAUGCCCUCAGCUCCAGCCGGCUUCCUGCCUUUCAGUCCCUCUGGCCCUCCCCUCCUUGGCUGCUGUGAGGCACCCGUGGUGUCCUUGGCUGAGGCUCAACAGGAGCUGCAGAUGCUGCAGAAGCAGCUGGGAGAAAGUGUUGUCAAUGCUCCUCCGGCUCCCACUGCUGCAUUGCCAAACGUUCAUUCAGAAGCCGGCUCUUCCCGCUACCUCAACCCUGCCCAGUGCACCGAAGAACUGGGCAGAAUCCUGGAGCCUGGAUACCUGGGUAGCAGUGGCCAGUGGGAUAUGAUGAGACCUCAGAAAGGGAGCGUCUCUGGAGACCUUUCCUCAGGCUCGUCGAUGUGCCAGCUUAGCUCUAAACCCACAGGGGCUGACCUGCUGGAAGAACAUCUGGGAGAGAUCCGGAACCUGCGCCAGCGCCUGGAGGAGUCCAUCUGUGUCAACGACCGGCUCCGGGAGCAGCUGCAAUACCGGCUCAGCGCCACGGCCACCACCGUGCGGGGCAGCGAAACGGGGUCGGCCCCUCACUUCUACGGUCAGGGUUUGGAGUCAGUGCCUCCACUGUACGCCGAGAACCGAGCCCUCAGGGAAGAAAACCGGAAGCUGCAAGCUCAGCUCAGUCACCUGUCCAGAGGGCACUGCCAGGAGACGGAGAGCCUGCGGGAGGCUCUGCUCACCUCCCGAUCACAGCUUCAAGAACUGGAGAAGGAGUUGGAGCGGCAGAAGCUGGAGAGGCAGCAACUUCUGGAAGACUUGCAGGAGAAGCAGCGGGAGAUCUCGCACUUCUGCAAGGAACGUCUGUCCCUUCAGGAAAGUGACUCCAGGCUGAAACACAAGCUGGCCCUCCUGCAGCAACAGUGUGAGGAGAAACAGCAGCUCUUCCAGACCCUGCAGUCGGAGCUGCAGAUCUAUGAGUCACUUUGUGGAAAUCCGAAGAAGGGCUUGAAAGCUUUCGGCCCAGAUGCCUGCCACCAUGCCCCUCUGAGCAGCGACUUAAGCCACCUGGUGGCAGAGAUACAAGCUCUCAGAGGGCAGCUGGAGCAGAGCAUCCAGGUGAACAACCGUCUGCGGCUGCAGCUGGAGCAGCAGCUGGAUGGUGGCGUGGGCAAAGCCAGCCUCCCUCCCUCUUCCGUGAGCCAGAGCUUCCCAGCCAACCCCGAGCCUGGAAACACGCCAUCGCUCUUCCAAGAGCCAGCCGUUUCUCCUCCAGUCCGGGACGUUGGCUUGAACACUCCAGCUCCAGUUCUCUCCGGCUCUUCUUCCUCUGCCCUGGGCUCAGGAACUGCCAUCGUCACCAGCACAGAUGAGCCGGGUUUGGAUGCCUGUACAGUAACGAGAAACCCUUCCCAACUGGAGGGGGAUGCUACCGAUGGGUCCUUUGCCAACAAGCGCGGCCGCCAUGUCAUUGGCCACAUUGAUGACUUCAGCGCGUUAAGGCAGCAGGUUGGGGAAGGCCAGCUGCUGGCCCAGAAGAUCCUUUCUCUCCUGAGGCCAGCCAGCAACUUCCCUGGCCCGGAAGCUCAGGGCACAGAGGCUCCGGGCAGCAGAGGUGUGGGAGAGCUGCGGAGCAGCGCCAGCGCCCUGCGUCACACCCUGGAGGAGUCCGCGUCGCUGCUCACCAUGUUCUGGCGGGCGGCCUUGCCAAGCUCCCCUGGCCCUGCGCUGCUGGGCAGACUGGGAGAGUCUGCGCAGAGGGAGCUCCAGGACCUGCGAAACCAAGUGUGCCAGCAGCAGCGGCAGCUUCAGGGCACAGCCGAGCGUCUGAAGCUGGUCAGCCAGCAGAAGCAGAGCCUGGAGCAGUUCAUCGUGAGCCAGUGUAGGCGCGCGCCCCUGCGCCGGCGGGCAUGCAGGGGAGCCCUUCCAGUGACCAGGACCCAUGAUGUUUUGAAGAAAGCAAGGACUAAUUUAGAGCCUUAUUCCAGUCCCAGCAAAGGAGCCGCACCGGAAGAGAAGCCAGAGGUCCUUAAAGCAGCAGGAAAGUUGGGCCGGCCCUGCACGGGUGCAGCUGCCCAUCUGCUGAGGAGCUCGGAGGUGGGGGGGGAGGAACCCCACUCCUCCGCACCGCCGCCCACCGCAGGCAGAGAGGUCCAGAAGAGGAGUCAGAGACGUGUCCCGGGUCCCGGCGGGGCAGGCAGCAAGCAGGAUGACUUCCUGGCAGCAAUGAAUAAAUACUUUCAACCAAGGCCUACUGGGCCAGUACUAAGCACCUGCCACAUUUCCAACUCAGCAUCUGUCCUUGAUGAUCAACUCAGGGGGAAAUGAAAAAGGAUCCUGCCUCUCACCAAGGGGAGGGGGGUGGGGGGCGUGUGGUCCCAACACCGAAGCUCCUCAGUUCUAAAAGCACACCACUGAGCAGCCUUGCCCUACGCAGAGCACCCGGGGGACUCAGGAGCUCAGCUCGCAAAGCCACCCUGGCCCAGCUCCAGCGGGGCCCUCAGUCCACUGAGGACUUUCCGGACGCUUAGCCUAGUACUGCUUGUUCUUAACAUGAUCCCCAAGUUGUCCUGACCUCCCCACCCCUUCGCAAAUGUGCUGUUCCCCUUGUCAUCCUAACGUCCCUCGGGGGGGGGGGGGGGACUGGAGACAGGUGGCCCGCACCACGCCUGUGGACAGUCUCCCACACCGCAGACCUGGGCGCCGUUAGUGGCGUGGAGGGGUCUGCACGGCCCAGGGCUCACUGUGCUUUUCCCAGUGCUUAUGGGAUGUGGCUGUGUGUGUAGAAAUAUCUCCAUGUGCUGCUACAGCCGUAUGUUGGAGGCCAACAUAAAUCGCAGAUGGGAAGGUGAGAAGAAACCAAACACUCUUUUUGGUGGCUAUUAAAGCAAGUGCGCAUAAAGAAAGCA